AUGUUUACUUGUGAUCAAUGGGUCGAAUCUCGACAUGCUAGAGAUGUCAUACGAAAGGAGGUGGCUGCAAUUGUUUUGGAAGAUAAAGAGUUUUGGUUACAAUGUCAACAAAUAGUGAAGAUUAGUGAGCCUUUGGUUAGAGUACUACGUCUUGUAGAUGGGGAUGAAAAACCAUCAAUGGGAUACUUGUAUGAGGCAAUGGAUAAAGCAAAGGAGAAUAUAAAAGCGAGGUUGAAGAAUAAAAUUUCUGUAUAUAUACCAUUUACUAGUGUCAUUGAUGCUAGAUGGGAUAAACAACUCCAUAGUCCAUUGCAUGCAGCAGGUUGUUAUCUCAACCCUGGAAUAUUCUUUAGGCCUUCAUUUAAGAAGCAAAAAGAUGUUACAAAAGGCCUACUUAGUACCAUUACAAGGCUGGUUUCUGAUCUUGAUGAGCAAGACAUUCUUAGUUCUCAAAUUGAAUCAUACAAAAAGUCUUUAGGUGACUUUGGAAUGGCUAUGGCAAUCCGCCAACGUGAAAAACUAAGUCCAGUUGCUUGGUGGGAGCAAUUUGGAAAUGACACUCCAGAAUUACAAAAGUUUGCAAUUCGAGUGCUAAGUCAGUGUUGUAGUGCAAUUGGUUGUGAAAGAGCUUGGAGCACAUUUGAGUUUGUCCAUUCCAAGAGGAGAAAUAGGAUUGAGCAUAAACGUUUGAAUGACUUGGUAUAUGUUCGGUAUAAUCUAUUGUUACGAGAAAGGAACAUUAGAAGGACAAAGGAUUACUUGGAUCCUAUAAGCCUUGAUAAUAUUGAUUUAAUGGAGGAUUGGAUAGCUGAGGAAUCUGAAUUUCUGUUACUAACUGAGGAAGAUGUGAAUUGGGAUAGCAUUGAAGAACCAUUAGCAACAAUGACUUUGGAAGAUGAUAAUGAUGAUGAUGUUGUUGUUCUUGAUGAGGAAGAUGGUGAAAAUGAUGUUGUGUUGAUAGAUGCUAAUACUCAUGUAUAUUAUGGUCCUGAUGUAAAUCCUUUUGAAGGAUGGGAGUAG